AUGACCAGAUUCGCAAAGGCAACAGUGGAGAUACCCGACCUUGAUCCCAACGUACACCUUCACGCACUCAAAAGCGGUCUGAGACCAGAAAAAUUCCAGGAGACGAUAGCUGUCACCAAGCCAAAAACCCUGGAAGAAUUCCGCGAGAAGGCAGCAUGGCAAAUGGAAAUCGAAGAACUUACGGAAGCCCGAAGGACAGAAAAGCCCCAAGCUCGGCGAGAAGAAGAAAAGCACAGCAGGGCCACCAACCAAAGGGAUAACAGAAAGCCUUUCAAACUGACACCCAAAUAUGAUGCCUACACCCAAUUUAACACCAAGACCGAAGACAUAAUCAAAGAAAUCUUAAAUGCCAUAAUCAUCAAACCACCCAGCCAAGCAGGAGCCUAUCGAGACCAAAGAUACAUUGACAAAUUAAAACACUGUGCGUUCCAUCAGAAAUUUGGCCACACGACUGCCGAAUGUGUAAUCCCCAAGGACCUCCUCGAGCGGCUAGCUAGACAAGGGCAUAUCGACAAAUACAUAGGCAACAGAAUGAAACCAACUCGGCAAAACACAAACGACCCACAGAUAGCGAAAGGACUAAACGAAAAAGCCAAGCACCAGCCACCCCCAACAAGAGGAGUCAUAAACUGCAUCUCAGGAGGAUUUGCAAGAGGGGGAAACACGAGCUCAGCCAGAAAAUGCAACUACAGAACCAUGAUGAUGGUUCAGACAACACAAGCAAGCACACCACAACUACCCUCACCUUGCAUUACCUUCGAACAAGCCGAUUACCAGGCACCGACGUCAAACCAAGAUGACCCUGUGGUCAUAUCCAUUCAGGCAGGAGACCUCCUCAUCAGGAAAGUAUUAUUCGAUCCAAGCAGUAGCGCGGACGUGCUCUUCUACUCCACAUUCAUAAAAAUGAAAUUAAGUACAAAUAUGAUGCAACCCUACGUGGGAGAAUUGGUCAGCUUCUCAGGAGAAUGCGUGUCUGUCUUAGGGAGCAUAUGGUUGAAGAUAACACUGGGACAGCAUCCACUUUGUCAUACACGAGAUAUGCAAUUCUUAGUGGUCGAAUGUCCCAGCCCGUAUAACAUGAUCAUGGAUAGACCAUCUUUAAAUUCUUUUUAUGCUAUAGUUUCAACCGUCCACCUUUGUGUAAAGUUUCAGGUAUCCAGCGAUGCAACGGCAACAAUACACUCUGAUCAAACAGAGGCUCGCAGAUGCUAUAAUGAGAGCUUAAAGCAUAAGUCAGCAAAAUUCAAUGAGCAUGACCUGUUAGAAAGGCCUCCUCAAAUAGCUAACGUCUCGUCAACAGCUGAGCUAGAUCCUCGGGAAAACCAACAAAGGAGACCGUCACCCAUGGACGACCUAGAAUAG